UAAUUCAAGAUGGCGGAUGGCUCGGUCUGUGUUUUCCUGCAGCCAUAUAUAACGUGACCUUGAAGGAGCAGGUAUAUUUUAUUGCGAUGGGGACAGAGCCAACGGUAUCUAGCUCUCAUGUUGAACACCUCUUAGCGGAGAUUGAAUCGAGUGACGGACUUCUUGGACCGACCUUAAGGUGAAUCGAUAUUAAUCAAAAAUUAUUCAGCAGCGAUACCUCCUUCCUUCGCCUCAAAUUUUGACAGGAGGUGAAGGAAGUGCCGUCUCCAAUGAUUUUGUAUAACUGAACUCUCAUUUUGGUGACUAAUUUAGAGCCGUCUACGAUGGAGAAGAACACACUGAGUUUAUGGAUAAACUGGAGGAUCGCAUACGAGUUCACGAUAAGGACAUCGAGCGGAUGUGUAACUAUCACUACCAAGGUUUCAUCGAAUCUGUUAACGAAUUGCUCAAAGUUCGCGGAGAAGCACGGAAACUCAAGGUAUUUGAAUGUACUUAUGUCAAAGGAGUGGUGUGUUUAGAAUAUUGUGAUGUUAUUUGAUUGGCUUAAUAUUAGAUAUGGUUUAUACUUUCGAUUCUUAUUGAUUCGUGAGAUGUACAUUCAUUUCAUGGAAUUAUUAUUUCCUUAUCAAGCCAUCACUUUUGCACGACUUUGAUCGUUUCUUAGCAGAGGCUUGCGAUGGGUUUUUUAAAUUUGAAUCUAAGUGUUUGGGCCUUAAAGUGCGGUAGGAUUCGCAAAUAAUACAGAUCUGAGAAUUUUUAUGCAGUUUUUUAGAAUUACUUUAAGAAUGUCAGCUCAUUCCUUCACUGGGGGUAGGUGACAGUUGCGAGUCAUGGUAAAAUUAUUUAGUUGAUUUGUUCUGUCCGAAAAAGGCCACUGUUCUCCAGCAAAAAAAUUUUUUAAGGUGUAUUUUCAUACUAGUUAUAUAUUAUCUCUCUGUCAUAAUAAAAAAUUAUACCUGUCUCUAUUUGUUUAUUAGAUCAAGAUAAAGGAAGUGAAUGAAUCCAUGCAAGAAUCAGGACGUGAGGUCUGUAAAUAUGUGCAUAGAAAUUCAAUUUUACUCCCUAUUUUUAUUGGGGGACGGGGGAAAUUUUAGGACAACUAAAAGAAAAAAAAGGCAAAGAAAUGAACAUUUGGGGUUUUACUGUUUUUAGUGCACUUGAGCAUUUUGUCAACAUUUGUUAGAAAUAAAAGAUUCUCUCUUGACUGAUAAUUGGAAAGUUUUAAAACUAAAUAAACUGGAUUCAGAAAGUUUACUCUAGAGAAUCAAAAUGUUAUGUUGUAUUUUUCAAUGGAUUUGUUAAGAAGGCACAUCAUGUUAUUAUCAAAUGUGUAUGAGAUUUGUAAUCAUCUGACGACCCUUAAGGGCAGGAAACAAAAACAAUCAGCCACCCAGCAUCUAAUUAAUCUCAGCUUGUGUGAUUUGAUUUAUCUUUACCUUCUCACAUUAUCACCUCUGAAAAUUGUCAGCAAAAAAAGUGGUGAGGAGUCAUUCAUUUUAACAGAUAAAUUUGUUGGUAGACAAGGGAGGCACAAUCAGUUUGAAGCAGAUAACCUCCUCCACCUUACCCUUUGUCUAGCCAUCACAUUAAUAAACAGAGAUGAUGAUUUUUGACUGUUGUUCUAUUAAAAAUAACUUAAUGUGCAAUAUUACACUUAUCAUAGUUUUCUUUAAUUUUGAAGGGAUGGUUAUUAUAGACAUUCUUGUGAAAAAACGAUUAUAAUCAAAUAAAAGUGGUGUCUAUGAUUCUGUUUGAAAAAAAUUUAACCUUGGUUUUUCUUCUUGUAUUUGGUGCAUGUAGCUCUUUAGCAAGUGUGAAAACCUGAUAUACUGCCGCACAACCCAGAGAAAUAUUGUAUCUGCAAUCGAGAUUCUUAGCCUCUGUUUACCAGGUAAAUGAUUAUGAAAAAUGUUGUAUCCAGCUCUACAGUCUGUUAACUUGUGUCCAAAUGCUAUGAUAACUUACCCAUCUGUGAAAUAGUACCUCUCUUGUUGAUUGAUACUGACUCUGUAUGGGUUUAAUGAAGUAAUAGAGACCGUUUGGUAGAUUAUUAGAUCAGUUUCUGAUUAUUAUUUGUUUGUUAUAGUAUUUUUCCCAAUAUGUUUCAAAAAUGGGUGAAGGGACUAUUUUGUCUUAAUUAAGUUCUGAAAAAAAAAUGCCCUAUUGCAGUGCUUGAGAUGUACGCUAAACUUAAAGAUCAGAUGCAUAACAGAAGGUCAGUUCUUUCUUCUCUAUUAUUUCUUUCACAUUCUUGAAAAGUAGAAGUUACAUUGUGUACUUCUUGAUUAAUAUUUGGAGUAUCCGUAUCUCAUAACUAUGUUGUACUGCAACUAUUGUUUACUAAUAGGUAUUACCCAGCAUUAAAAACAUUGGAGCAGCUUGAACACACCUAUCUUCCAAGGAUAAAAAGGUAUAUUAAACUUCUAGGGUGAGGAUCUUGCAAGCCCUGACUGGUUAUGUACACUGUUAGUGAAUGUUGUACCUGGAUCUAGUAUAUUGUACUAGCAUUUUACCUAACCUUCAAUCUUUUAACUUGAUUUGAAUGGCUAGUAUAAGUUAACUCUCUUUUGUCAAAGUUUAUAUCUUAUCUUUAAUCUUGAAAUACUUUGCCUUUGACUGGCAGAUUUAGAUUUGCAGAGAUCAUGCAAGAAAGUAUACCUGUUGUUAGAAAACACAUCAAAGAAGCUUCAAUGGGUGACCUGAGGGUGAGGAAUAUACUCCAAAAAAACUCAGUGAUAGACUACAUACUUGGUUAAUCAGUUGAGAAAAGAUGGGUACAUAUUAAAGAAACUGCAAUUCAACAAUGACUUAGGGUCAAGUGAAGUGGACUCUAGAUCUCAAGGUCUUGAUUCAAGCUAUAGCCACGUUCAUCAUGUUGUGACAGAUAACCUUAUUCUCACAGUGAUCCUCAUAAUAGUUUAAAUGAUUAUCAGAGGAAUGUCAGGGAAACCUGAUAAAAUGUUUUCGAUUAACCCUUAGUAUGCCAUAUCACUUCAAACUUUAGGAGCUGGUGUAGACUUAAGCAGCAAUCUGGCUUGUAAAUUUGUCUUAGUUAAGAGUACUCAGUCAGACUGAGUACUCUUAACUAUUUGUUAUUGAUUUGAUUAAUUCAUGCUGUCUAUUUGUUCCUUUGAGAUGAAUUGACUUUUACUUAUUUUGUCCUGUAGGAUUUUCUGGAGAAAAUUAGGAAGGUUUCUGUCCGGUUGGGCUUAAUAGCAAUGAAACAGGUUAGUUCCUGAGUAUUUUAGGCUACCAGUAUAUACAGUAGCUCUUACUAUAUUACAUGUAUCUACCUGAUCAUUACUAGUUGCUAACUCUGUUUAGCUUAAUGAUAACUUAAAUACCACAGAAAUAGUAAAAACACAAAAACCUAGUUAAUUCCUAAAAAUGAACUAGUUCUGUAUUCCUGUUUUUAUUUGGGUAGAUAAUUUGGUUUUCCUUUCUGGUAUAGAAAAUCAUUGGAAUUUGGGAACAUGUUUUGGUGAAUCUGCAGAAACAGUUGUACUGUAAUAAUUUUAAUUAAGAUCAAUCUAUUUUGUAUAUGUUUAGGCAAUACAAAAGAAUAACUUAACACUUAUGCCAGGAGUUGGUUUGAAGAAGAAAGGAGAAGACGAAGUAAGUUUGCACAGUGUCUACAAUAGCAGAGUUGCUGUCAUAAGAAUGUCAUUAGAAUAAUUUAAAAUUGGGAAAUGUAGACUUAAAACCAAAUGAAAGUAAAUUUGGAGAGAUUACAUUGUGAGUGCACUCUGUUGUAAAGCAAAGUUCACUGGUUUUAUGGUAUGAUAACCCAUGCAGGAUGUCAAGUUUGUUAAUAAGAGGUAAUUUAGUGUUAAGAACUGAGUUGAAAAUGUAAAUUGGCCAUCCUAAAGGGUGAAAAAGCUGACAUUUCGAGCAUUAACCCUUUGUCAGAGCAAUUGGAGGAAUUAUGGGUUAUGUGGUUUUAUAUGCAGAAAGUGGAGCUGCACUAUUAGUGGGAGUAUGGUGACGAGAAAACAUGAAUAAAUUAGGUGAAUGAAGAACCCUCGUUGAUGGCGCUUUCAUUUUGAGCAGAUACUAGUGCAGAGAGGGAGCAAAAAGUUUUCUUUGUUAAAUAUGAUUUAUUUUCUCUUUACAGGAAUUAGACAAAUCUGCUCAAGAUUUGGUGGACUUUUCCCCAGUGUACAAGUGCUUGUACAUUUUCACUGUUGUAGUGAGUGAUUUAUGCAUGAUAUCCUUCAAUCCGUUCAGUUCUUUGAACAUGGAAGAAAUAAUUGAAAAGCAAUUAAAUGCAUACUUAUUCUUCUUAUAGGGAGAAAGAGAGACAUUUGAUAAUUACUACAGGAAACAGAGAAGAAAACAAGCUCGUCUUGCUCUGGAACUAAGCUCUGGAAGUAGAGUAAGUUUUUAGAGAUAAUUUGAUAUGUAUGAUAUAGAGAGCCUUAAUACUUUAAGCCUCAUAUUUCUGUACUGUCAAAAGGGAUCAUGUAUAUUCAAGACUUAGUAAGUAAGCUGCAAAAAAUUAAAACUUAAUUACAAUUAUUGUAAAGUACUAUUGGAUAUCUUGUAGAAACGAAGCUAUAUAAAUCAUUCAUAUUGUUAUAUUGUUAUUAUAUAAAUUCACAGCAUGUUAAUUAUCCACCAUAGGAUCUGUGCCAAGUUCAGAAUGAGUUUUAAAGUCCUUUAUUUUUUUGCUAACAGGAUGGAAACCUGGAAGUGUAUAGAUCUUAUUUUCAUCAAAUUGUAGGGUGAGUCAAUCAGGGCUGAAACCAAAAUCCAACUCAACUCUUGCUAUAAUAACCUUAGCACUGCUCCUAGAGGUAUCUUAAAUUUGAUUCACAGAAAAGUUAGGCAAGCAUCGCCCCUCUCUCUAAAUUUUACCUUUCAGUGUCAUUAGAAACCUUCCAUACACUGUAUGUCUCAAUAGGUCAUACUAAUGUUAGGAUGAAUGUGGCAGUUGUGGUUCUUUAUUGCUCUUUGAUACCUCCCUAAAUGGAAAUAAUUGUUGAUUCCCUCACCUUAAGGUUCUUUGUGGUUGAGGAUAUAAUUCUACACACAACCAAGGGCCUUGUAACAAGGUAUUGCACACUGUUUAAUAAUUUACUAUAAGUACAUUUCAAGUUGGAAAAAGUGACAGUAGCUACCAUCAGAUAACUUAAUGUCAAUUUCAUGAAAAUGAAGAAUUAGUUGAUAACUAUUUCUUGGAAAUAAAAUGUACUGUACGUGUAUGUGUGACUUCACUUGUAAGUUUUUUUUACUUAGGCCCUGUUCGCACCUUGCUGAAAAAUUUGGUUUGCUAUUUGCAAAAAAAUUUAAAAUUUUGUAACAACAAUUUUUUUGUUUUCAUAAUAGCGUUCACACUUGAGACGUGCGAAUUAUUUGUGUAACCACAAAUGUCAAUCAAUCAGAAUAGUUACUGAGAUUUCAUGACAGUGCUUUUCCUUUUAAGUUGUUUCCAGUCAAAGACUGAUUGCAAAGCAAAAUACCCCCGCAAUAUGUUUUAAUGGCCCUUCUUUGCUGUUUGCUUGCCAUACAAAACCUGAUUUUGGUUAAUCAAUAAUUAACUCUGGUUUUGUUGGGAAGGAUUUGGCUUUUAUGGAUCGCAGAGAUGUUAACUCAGCUGCUCAACAGACAUCGAUGCUGCCAUUGUUUUCACCUGUACUAGACAUUUCCUUGACCUGUAGAAUCCGGGUUUGAAAUCCACAUGCACCAGCAUAACCUCCCUGGAGCCUUCUUCUGUAAACAUUUGAAAAUGGGGAGAGAGUUAUUGGACAACUUACUAAUACUCUUAAGAGGCUAUGUUCAGAGAGAAAACACUUGUACAUAAUACCAGUUAGCCUGGUAUCAAUUAUGAAAUGUGAUGACCAGUUGAAGGGUAUCUGGGAAGGAACAAUAAAUUUUCUCAUGUGACAAAAAAUUGUAGGCCUCCAAAGCUAGUUGAUGGUAUCUUUGAAGUUUUUUGGCACUUGUGAAAAUUUUGGUGGGUCAAACAAAUCGUUUGCAUUAAAAAUGGUUUCGUGUUGACAGAUUUUUUUGCAAAACAAACAAUUUUGUGUAGUGCGAACUGGCCCUUAUUACAAGUUUUUUUUUCUUUACAAUGUUGGCCAGUUAAUGAAGACUGUGAGGCUUGUACAACUUAGUGUGGUCAGGGAGGAAGUGGUUUGAUUAUUAAAGCUAGUUGAUUGUAAUAUGAAGCUUCAAAAAAGGUUUUUGUAAAAAAUAGUUAUGUGAUUUGUUAAAAUAAUGUACAGUACAUUAUUAUAAGCGAAAAUCAAAUAGCUUACAAGAGCAGCAGUAGGCCCAAGCAGUGGCGGAGUUUUCAAGUUGUUUAUGAAACAUGUUGAUAUAAUUAUAUACUUUAAACAACAGGUCAACGGUUGAUGAUCUUUGGGAAAUGGCAGCAAACAAGAUUGCACCUGUGCUCAUCACAUGUACACAAUCGGUAAGAAGAAUAAGUAUAUGGUUUAAAAGAAACCCUACAUGUAUAUGACAGUCUUUAUACUGUAAGUCAGGGUAUCAAAAAAAAUCUGUGAGCACUUCUUUCUAAGUAUUUAUUAAAAGGCAUAAGUUAGGGUACAUUGCAACCUUUGCUUUACCAGGAAGAUAAAGGACAAAUAAAGCAUAUGACUACAUUCUCCAUUUCUUUUUCAUGAUGGUUUACAUAUUAACUGACAUCUCACUGCUGUUUUUUUAGGCCUACUGUGAAGAACCAUCUCUGCUUUUAAAAGUGAAAGAACUCAUUGUGUGGUUCUGUCACACCCUGUCAGUAUGUAUAAUUCAUACCUCUUGUGCAUGUUUAAUGACAAAUUUUGGAUGUCUUUAUCUUCAAAUUUACAUUUCUGUUUUUGCUUCUUUUUUUUUGUUUCAGGGUUUUGGAUUUAAUGUAAAUAAAAUUUUUGAUGUUCUUCUAGAAAUGAGGUAAGGUUGGAAUCCUAAUUAUAACUAGUAACAAGAACUACCAGCAUUGUAAUAAUUUUUGAGAUCUUGUCAAUAAGGUCUCUAUCAUUUCACUGCAAUUGAACAAUUCUUUAAACUGUUCAGGACAGUCCUUGAUUAAUUACAGAGUUUCACCAUCUGUAGCCAAAAUAGGUAGCAAGUAAUUUCUGUCUGGUGUAAUUUAUUAGAAUUUCUCUUUUAGUAUUUUUUACUAUUCUUUGCACAUGUAUGUGUAACUUUUAACCUUCUUCUUGUACCUUUUUCUAGACUUCAGUACAAUGAAAUUUUAUCAAAGGAUUGGGAAGCUAUUUUCAAGUAUGUAAUGGUGCUAUUAUCCUAAUUGCUGAUAUGUAAAAAAAGUUGUCUGGAUAUAGACUGUACUAUUAAAUGAAAUGUAAUUGUAAAUUCAGAGCAAAGCUGCAGUUAUAACACAAUUUUAUAUAUGUGUACAUUAUAUGUGAGAGUGUCUCAUGUUUUUUUGAGCAAAAUGGAUUAUUAAAGGCUUUUAGUACAAACUCUCUUUUCUCCUCAAAGGAAAAUUUUUGAUGAAGAUAACUAUACACCAAUGCUUUGCCAAGAUGAGACUGAGUACAAUGACAUCCUGAAGGAAUUUCCUUUUGAUGAGACAGAGGUUCUACAGGUAUUAAUGAGGCUUAGUUAGAGUUUUUAAAAAGGGAGUUAGAGGGUCCAUUGUCAUUGUCGCCAUCAUCAUCAUCAUCAUCUAGCGGCAUCUUUUGGAAGGUCAUCUGUAGUGAUUCUUCUUUCAAGGGGUUUCCAUGAGAUUGUUCCUAUGGAUCUUUAUGUCAUCAUCCAUCUAAAAUGUCUUUUAAGAUACCAGAUUAACCAACUAUGUGACCAUAAUAUUUUUGUGUGCCUUGUUUUUAUUAUUUUUGUCAUGGUUUCCUCCAUGAUAGUCUGCAGCACACUUCUUUGGUGAUAAUUCACAUCAUAGAAUGAUUUGAGGGUGUGAAAGCAUGCUGAGUUGCUUGAACUCAAGUAACAGCAACCUCAUUUGCACAAGCCAAUAUCAUAGAUAAGACACCAGAAUUGAAAAUUGAAUGCCACUGUUGUCAUUGCAACAUCUUUCGAUUACAUAUUCCUAUUAGAGGUAAACAUUACAGUUUACAAGCUAUGUGUAGUUUCUGGCUUUUUAAAAUUUUUUUGCCAGCAGUGCAACAGUAUCCAUCUAAUGUGAUGAUCUCUGAACAUUGUUUUAUUUUUUUCCCUAGCAUCCUUUCCCAAGGCAGCUUCCAUUUUCUGAGGGUGUUGUUAAAAUCUAUCAAGAGGUACUUUGUAAACUGCUAGUUAAGUGCUCUAAUAAUUAUAGCCUGCCUGUGUUUCCAAUAAAUAUUAAAUAACCUCUUGUUCUACUUUGCAGGUCAAACACUACAUAAGGUCAUGUUUAAAAUUCAAUGAAAACCUGAAUGUCAGGUAAUAUGUGUAUUCUAACACUACCUAGUACCUUAUUCACCAUAGUUGAUCGCCAUGGGCAUUUCUAUGAAAGUUAAUGAUCUUUCUACUGUCAGUGUACUUAUUUUCUGAGGUUUUCACAAGAUACACACUUGUCUUCUGAUAAUAUUUUAUGAAAGUGUCUUUGGUCAAUAAAUGGUUACAGUAAUGCCAUUUACAUGUACCUUUCUAAUGGGUGAUCUGCUGAUAAUUUCAGUUUGUAGAAAGGAGUCAGGCUUAUUUCUAUAGGCAAUUUACAUGCACUUUUGCUGUUGCAAUAAGCUUUCCCUCAUAAACUUGUUAUCCUAAACUACAUAAUUAUGUCAUUCUGAGAUUCCUUCUGGUUCACAGCAUCUUUUGGUAUAGUUUGGUGGUAAAAAAAUUUCAUGGUACAUUUCUCAUAACAUUGUAAUAGCAGAGUCAGUGGUGAUUACAACUGAAAUUUGUUAGGUUUAUUCUAACACAUUUAUUGUGUAAGUUAAGGAAUAUUUAGGUGUGUAAACAAUUAUUUGCUACACCUACAACUGUAUCCAUUUUGUGAAGGCAUGUAACCUUCCAUGUAGUUACGGUAACUUCAUAGGCAUGUUCUUCAUUCUCUCUCUCUCUCUAGUCAAACUGAGAUUGGAGAUUCGGUGCGAAAGUCAACAAAUUUACUACUAACAAGGACACUCAAUGGUGAGUUUGGCUAAAGGAUGAGUCUAGUUUUGAAAAACAAGAAAUUUUAAAGUGAUCUGUUUAAUUUUUUAACAUAAUAUCAUCAUUAUUUUUUCUUAGGUUGCAUAACAUCUAUUAUUAGAAGGCCAACAAUGUCAAUUCCACAGGUGUGUCUGCCUCUAAGUCAAGCAUUCAAUCAAUGGCUUAAGAUAGAUUAUUUUAAACACAUAUUAAAUAUAUUGUAGUAUGAAAUUGAAUGAAUGACCAAAUGGAGAGAUGAAUGAAUGAGCAACGAGAUGAAUGAAUAAAUGAAAAAAUGACAAGAUGAAUGAAUAGCAUGGUGGUACUCAGUUGUUUGUGAAGGUUAUUUGCUAGUACACUCCAUUUUCGCGAAGUUCAGGGUAGGUUAAAUGAUACUAAAUUUAUGUCAUUUGUUUUGUCUUAACAGCUUGUUCAAAUGUCCAUUAACACAAUUCAUUUAGAAGAGGCCUGCAAUCAUCUUGAAGAGUAUGUGACUGCAGUGACUGGGUAAGUAGAUGUUGAAUUGGUCUCUUUUAAAUUUUUUUUCUAAUUAAAAUUUUCGUAUAGUUUAUUCUUGGCCUUUAUAUUAGGUUAACAUUUUGUGUAUUUUGCAUCAAAAAAAUAGAUCUGAAAAAAAAAUUAAGGGUAUGUCCCACGAUCUCAGAAGUUACUGUGACUAAGUGGAGUAGACAACAUUCCAAAUAAUCGUGUUUAACUUUGCUCGUGUUGAAUCGUAGAACCUCCAGUGAAAGAAUUAAUGUUUCACGAGUUUAUGGGUUGUCAUCGUUCAAAGUAAGUAGAAAAUUUUACAGCUCUUAAAUUGCUCCAGGUUGCCAUCUCCUCAUUUAUAUGUACGCUUGGCUUUAUCUGUAUGUUUUCACCUCCCGAGUUUGUGGAUGGGUGUGUAUUGAGGGUUUAAAGAUGGACGUACAGUAUAUUGUGUGCGGUGGCAUAGAUAGUAUUAUGGUGUAUGGUGCGAUUUGUUUUGAAUGUAUCGUAGAUAACGGUUUUUGUUUUUGCUUCGUUGAUGAUUUUGUAUGUAGGGAAAACGUGGUUUUAUUCCAGUAACAUAAGCUGUUUGAUGUGGUAACGUAUAAGAUACAAUAUACAUGUCUUAUCUCACCAGGAUAUGAGAGCUGAGGCAGAACAACAAGUUUACGAAAGACUCAAUAUGAAAAUAGAGGACUUUGUAGAGUUAGGUAUGUAAAUACAUAUUUAUGUCAAAAUGGGGUGUAUACAAUGCAUAUCCUAGUUAUAGGCAAGUUGAUCGGUGAGAAAGUCGACUUUUGAGCGAGUUAACUUGGAAGUGAGCUGACUUUUAGGCUAGUUGUCUUGUGGGAGAGCUGACUCUUGGUGGGGUUUAUUUAAAGGCGAUGUUGACUUGUGGACGACUUGCUACUUGGGCGAGUCGAAUCGUGUUUGAGGAGACUUGUAGACAAGUUGAUACGUUGGUGAGUUGUUGGAGUCGAUUGGAACUUAAGAACACUAAGAAACAACAACACUAUUAACCCAAAACUCGAUUAUGGCCACCUUACUUUGGUUCUAAAUAUCCCUGCUUCUUGUCAUCAGUUUAAACCCCAAAAUGAUUAUUUUACAAAAACAGAUUUAACCUGGUAAUUGUUAAUAAGAAGGCCCCCUAAAUUAAAAAUUUGCAGAAGAAACUAUUAUUAAAUUCUGAGUAACGCAAUAAGUUUUUGUUGCAAUAAUUUGUCGUAGGUUUUAUAGCUUUAUACUUCCUUUAUCCAAAUCUUUCUAGGGAAGGCUUUCCAUCCGUUUGUUUAAUCUCUUAUCGCACUCAAGGUGCUCUUUUACGUGACUGUUUAUUUUAUAACCAUCUUCAUAUAAGUCAUUACUAACCAUGAUGGAGAGCUAGCAUCAGCAUCGGCAACGAAAACGUUGUUAUUUCUGUUGUGUUCUAUGGAUAUCUGCAUUCUUCUUGCCAUUCUGUGAAAUCCAAAUGGAAUAAGAAACUCAAACUUUUUGGUGGAAAAUUGGAAUAUGAAUUUAACUGAGCUAUGCUAUUUUCCCCUCGUUUAAUCCGUGUUUUUUAGAAUUUCCAUCCUAAAAUAAUCUAAAAUAUAUGUUGUUGGAGGAGUGAAACCCAUUUAAAAGUUUUUUUUGGUUUUCAGCAAAUUACAAUUGGGUUCCUGUGAACUCCAGAUUACAUGCCAGUAGCUAUCUUGUGGAUCUAUUGGACUAUCUUCACACCACUUUUCUAAACUUCACAACACUACCGGUAAGUCUUUCACACUUAUUUUACAGCUUCUUGUUCUAUUUUGACUGUUUCUCUGUCACUUAACUGUUUUAGCUCUGCCUGUCCGUUCAAAGCAGGUUCAAUUAGGUUUAUUUCUUGAUAUUUUCUCAGGGGAAUGUGGCCCAGACGGCCUGCAUGUCUUCAUGUAAAUAUCUCGCUACGAAGCUCAGAGAGAUGUUACUAGAUGAAGAGGUACGAUUACACAAAAGCCAUGUUUGCAACAUGUUGAACGAUUGGCUAAUUACUCGUGCAUUGAACUGUCAUAACUGGUCUUUAUUGGUAGAAACAGGAGGAGGCUGUAACUCAAACUUUCAACUGUCCUAUCAUGGAUAGAGACAGAAAGCUGAUAUCGCAUUACGUAACCCCUAAAAUUCAUUAGAAGAAAUUCUUCAUAACGCUCAAUAUUCUGUUCUCAAGGUCUUAAAUGAAAUACUCUUCUUGCGACUCACUCUCGUUUCCUAUUUACAAUAUAUAAAUGUAUUGAUGUGGUUAAAAGUUCUCCACUCACUGCGAUUGUUUUCUACUAUUUGCCUCCUUUUACCAGGUUAAGCAGAUGAACUCGCACGGUUUGGACGGGUUUAACCAAGAUCUUAGAAAGUGUGAAGGUAGUUUCAGUUUGAUCCCAUUUCUUUGUCUUUUAGUGAAGUUACGUUUUAAAAUAUGGCAGCGACUCGCAACCUUGUAGUUAACGCAUGGAAUUUGUGCUGGGCAGAACAGGACAUGUAACCAAUCACAACAAAGAUGCUAUUAAAUCAACCAAUCAAGAGCGAGCCGGUGAACUAGUCUUGCUUUGAUUCACUAAUUUUCCCGCCAUUUUGGCACCGUGUGGUUUUUCUUCAAGCUACACUUGCUUUACCAUGAAUUUUGUAUAAUGUUUGUCUGGGGUUCAGAGAGCUUAUCUCUAAAAUCAAUUGUCUCUUAAAUAACGUUUGGAAAUGUGUUAUGUUCCGAAAAAAACUGAACCGAUUUUUACUAUUGCGAAUUAUUUCAGUAAGGGACGAUUUUUGGUGUAGUCUUAUUUAAAAGAGAUGUGGAUGCUUGCUUCGAAAGAGGGUGAUGCCGCUGGAUUUGAAAAGGCAAUAAAUCUCUACAAUAUAGCAAACCUGUUUAAUUUCUUUCAGAGUUUGUCAACUCCAAUCCAGUAGAGGGGAUAAGUGACGGCACACUACAAAUGACAUUUCUGGAAUUAAGACAGGUAAGAUUACUGUUAGUCUCCUUCAAAGCAGUUGUUUGGUCUCUUCAUGCAACGUGCUGUCCCCCCUCCCCCCCACACACACCAACAGGAGAGAGUGCGAGAGACCAAAGACCAAAGACGAGACCAAAACAUCUGCUGCGAAGGAGACUAGAUUAUUGUGAGCUGUUCGUGUUCUGCUCCCGGUUUCCUUUCUACCUCCAUUGUUUUAUGCUUCUUACUGUUUGAACUUUUACAUGUUUGUCAGUUGGUAGAUUUGUUGUUGAAUGCGGACUGGUCCACCUACUUCGCUGAACAUGGUUACACAACUAGUAAAUACAGUCGAGUUAGCCCCCAAGAUGUAGCAAGAAUCCUUGAGAAGUAAGUGCCUUUUAAAUACCAAAAUGGCACCAGUCGAAACUGAAAGGGGGAAAAUUUUUUCAGAAGCUAAACAUGACGUUUUGGCGAACAGCAUAAUUGAGCUACCGUCGGCGGCCUUGGUAGCCGUUUUUGCACUUACGUUGAUAAUUUAACUUGAAAAAAUAAUUUUUCCUUAUUUUGUUCAGCGUUCGGAUUUAAAUGAGUUUAAUCAGUGUCUAAUUUUCCCGCUUUCUGUUUCCGUAACUUAUCUGUAAGUUGUCCCUUCUUAUUCACACUGUUGAUCAUGAAGCUAAGCUUUGCUUGGGAAAGCAUUACAACUUACUAAGGAUGUGGGUAUGGAUGCCGUGAAAAGAGAUUGUCUUCGAACAAUUGCAUUAAAGGAAAGUUUUUCGAACGAACUACGCGAACGUGGCUUAAUAAUAAUAAUAAUAAUAAUAAUAAUGAUGAUGAUGAUGAUGAUAAUAAAUCGAAAUCUUUAUCAAGGAUAACCCUUCAAUACAAAAGUACUUUUAUCAAUGGGGUCCUGCUGAUUAAGAAUUAAAAACUAGGAAAUAAGAAAUUAUUAAGAUAUAUAUAAGAUAGUACCUAUAAAACAACUGGAACUAAAGUAGUGAAAGGUAGCUCGUAUAGAAAACUGUUAAUUGAACAUUCUGAUUUGAGAAAUCAAUGUUUGUUUUAGGAUGACGGACACAGGAAAGAAGCGAAUUUUAACUUUAAAGAAAGUCGACCGAGACCGCAAAAAACUCAACGAAACGAUCUUGAAACGACUGAAGACUUUGGAUGCGGAUACUUCGGGAGCUUCUGUAAUGUCUUGAAUUCUUCUACCAACUGUGGAGGUCUCAAGAUCUUCAGCACAACAAGAUUAACCCACUAGGGAGCUAACCAUGAUUUGCAGAUUUACCAGUAAUAUGAGAUCAUUCUAUGUCAGGAGGUAGGACACUGAAGGAACAAGGCUUUCUCUUCUGGUACCUUGAUGGCUUAAGUAACCAUGCUUUUGCAUAGAAAGACAUCGUGAAAGUUGAGUAAAGGGGACAAGCAUGACCGUAAAUAACUACAAUCGUAUUACUCUCUGCUUUAGAUAUAAAACGACCUAAUAAGUAAUGAAGCGCAUAACUUGAAAGUCAGACUAAUAAAGAUCACUAUUGUACCAUCCGCAUUACGCCUGGUAAAUUUGAAAAAAAAGUUUUUCAAAAAGACCUGGAAAUCAGAGAAAGUUUUUCCGUUCACACUGCAGUGAUCAGUAGUAGAAAAGCUUGACUGCAACCUUGGGCAUUCGUGCAAGAAAGGUCGUCAGAAUGUGUGCAACUGCGCACCUACUCCCCCUUGUUAUUAGCUGACUGUUGCUAGUUUAGGGGAGGGGUAGGUGCACGGUUGCUCAGAUAUUUACAUCGAUCCGAUAGGUCUAACCAUACUGAAAAAAAAAAAAAAUAAAUAAAUUGAAAGUGCAGUAAAAAAUCCACACUAGGACUUAAAGAACGUAUUAUCAAAUUUAUCUAAGAAAAAAGCGUUUUCAAAAGGCGCCGUUUUUAGUUUACUCCAGGUGCAGCUUCAUCUGGAUCAGUGUGUUCGCUGGAGGUAGCCGUAGACGUAGAGUUGUGUUUUUGAAUUUACUCAGCGUACUGCGGAGAGGCCUUUAGAUGUGCUCAGCAGCUGUUAAUCAUUAGAGUUCAACGGUUCACGUCGUUGAAUCGAAAUGUGUAAUUUGAAAUCUUCUAUAGCAAUUUUCUAAGUUUAUGAAGUAAUCAGGAAUACUUAAGAUCUCGAUUGCAGUUCGCCUUACCGCCUAGCAGCGAAUACUCAUCAUGUUAGUUAGGAGAAUUUGGUAUUGGAUCAACCAAAAAAAUUCCCUUAAUGAUCAUUUUCUUUAAUGUCAUCACGUCUGCUCUAUGUUGUACUGUUAUUUUAAGAAGAAAUUAUGUCUUGGUCACUCACAGAAGUAUAAGAGUUAAUAAUAACGAGUCCUGACUUGCAAUGUUUUCUUUUUGAAAGUGAAAAGUGAUAGAAUUUAAAGCAAUUCACUUUUUAAGCCAAACCUGAUCAGUGCUACAUGCAUGGGGGUUUUCUUGUUGGUGGAAAACAGUCUUCAAGUUAGUCACAAUAUUACAAACUGUUUAGAAUGUGAAUAUUAUUGAAGGCUUGUUGAAAUUUAACGAUUGGUUGUUUGCCUUCAUUCUCUCUUCUGUAUUUGAAUCAAUCGUCAAUCAAUCGUCCCGAGAAAUUCAGUAAAUCGACAUAUAAAAUGCUAUUUGUUACAAUUCAAUUACGAUAGAGGUGAUCAAAUUUCAUAUUGAUGUAAUAUGGACCGAGUAUUUUUGUUUAAUUUUUGUGCAAAUCUUUAUUUUCAGAUGGUUGUUGAGUGGUUAACUUUGUUAGAAGUAACGAAUUUUUGGUCAAUUUACAAUUUCAAAAUUGUUUCCUGCUUACGUCUCGUAGUGAUAUUUCUUACUUUUCUUUUGCUUAUUACUGAGUACGAAUUUGGCGGCGUAUAUACAGGCUAUUUUUCUCUAAAAUUAAAUAUGACACAAGAUUACCUUUCUUUUGCGUAAGUAUCUUUUGAAAGGAUUAAGGGUAGUACAUUAUGUUCAGUUAUUUCACAAUUCAGAUUUGAAAGAUUUUUGUAUGGGAAAUUUUAAAAAUAUAAAAUUGUGUAUAUAUUGUCCACUUACAUGUCAGAUCAGUAGGUUUAGAUGUCAUCAGUUACUGUCAAAUUAUUAGGCUAUUAAUGAUUAAAUUUUUCCGUUUAAAUUGCUUUUUUUAAUCUCUUUGAGAAAGUUGUGAAGGCAGUUAGAUCAAUUAAAUAAUAAGUAAAGAAAUGGUAUUUGGCAGUGGCACAGCUUUACAAGCGACUUUGGUGAAAUGUGAACUCUGUAUAUUGGUUUCAAUCGAGGGGAAAACCUGAGAACUUAAAGAGAAACUCGAGGAAAAAUGUCUAAAGCUUAUAGCUUAACCAUUUAUACCCUAACAUCAGUAUUCAUUUUCCCCAUACUGUGCUCCAUACUUUUCCCGAAGGUGUAUACAAGGUGAACUUGUUUAACAAGCAAGGGCUUCCUCAGUUGGUGAUCAUUUCUUUUAUUCUCAUGACCUUAGUGUGCGAUUCAUAGAUAUUACUGUGAGGAGAAUUAGCUGCUAAUCACUCUUAGGGUUCAAAGGGUUAUUGGUUUGGGAAUAAAAGGAAGGGACAUAGCGGUUGAACGCGACCAUUAUCACCACUGGGUUGCUUUCUCUCCUCUCUGGGUGGGUUGUCCCAUAUCUUUACCCUCAUAAAUUGUGCUCUAGAGUUUAGAACUAAAAUAAAAUUUAUCCCAUGUUCCGACAAAUAGCGAAGCUUCAUCGUUUUCUUGACACACUACACACAACCCACAAUUCCUUUAGUCGCUCUGACGAAGGGAUAACGUUCGAAACGUCA